AUGAUAAGAGAGCUUCGGGAUGGAUUCAACAAGAACAAAUUAAGUGUCAUUAGGGCCCCUGAGGGCCAGGAAGACAACCCUGAUGAAGAAAUAACAGUCAAAAAUAUUGCUGAGAAGUUCCCAGAAUUGAAGAAUGCAUGCACCCAGAUUCAGUCAGCUGAAAGCAAUGCUGGAAUUGAAUCCAGGAUCUCAUGCAUGUAUGAUCAAUUAGACUUUGAUCAAGUGGACUUGCUUACAGGCAAAGGAGAUUUUAAGACGCCGAGAGGCAAAAUGUCAUCAUAUGCAUUCUUUAUGCAAACUUGCCAGGAGGAGCACAAGAGGAAGCACCCAGAUGCUUCUGUCAACUUUUCAGAGUUAUCUAAGAAGCAUUCAGAGAGGUGGAAGAUUAUGUCGGCUAAAAAGAAAGGAAAAUUUGAAGACAUGGCAAAGGCUGACAAGUCCUGUUAUGAAAGAGAAAUGAAAACUUAUAUCCCUCCUAAAGGGGAAACAAAAAAGAAGUUCAAGGAUCCCAAUGCACCCAUGAGGCCUCCUUUGGCCUUUUUCUUGUUUUGUUCUAAUUAUCACCCAAAAAUCAAAGGAGAGCAUCCUGGCCUGCCUAUUGGUGAUGUUGCAAAGAAACUGGGAGAGAUGUGGAGCAACACUGCUGCAGAUGAUAAGCAGCCUUACGAAAAGAAGGCUGCCAAGCUGAAGGAGAAAUACGAAAAGGACAUUGCUGCAUACCGAGCUAAAGGAAAGCCUGAUGUGGCCAAGAAGGGAGUUGUUAAAGCUGAAAAGAGGAAGAAAAAGAAGGAAGAGGAGGAAGAUGAAGAAGAAGAAGAUGAUGAAUAA